GACACCGACUCCACCCCUCCCCGUCACUUGGUGAGGCCGUUGGCUCGAGGUGGCUGAGGCGAAGUGAAGUUGCGAGGAAGUGAAGAAGAGGUGACGAAGAGGUGGUGUUGAGGCUCGCUCGGUGUCUCGUCGUGGCCCAGAUCCCCGAUUCUCACUCAGAUCCAGAAGAACGCUGUUGCGCGAACGGAGUGGAGCAACGCAGAGCUCCAGAAUAAACACCUCAUCCCAGAUCCCCAACAUCAUCACACCUCCUCGACCACACUGGUCGGUGGCAGGAACAAAAAUGAGCUUCAAUUAUCGCAAGGUGCUGACCGCCAUUAAUGGUGAACUUGUCCAAAGGGACCUGCAAGGUUUGCGCUUUCUGUGCAAGGACAUGAUUUCAUCGUCAUUACUUGAGAACGCUUCAGCCUUACAGAUAUUCGAUUUGCUGGAGAAGCGCGAUAAACUAAGCAAACGCGACACUACUCUGCUGGCGGAACUGCUGCACCACCUGCAGCGCAAGGACCUGUUGAGGAAGUUCAACCUCGCCGAGAAUUGGCAACAAGAGACGGGGCUCAUAAGUGACUUCAGGAUCUUGCUUUACACACUGGCCAACAAUUUAACAAUGACAAAUUACCAGGAGCUUGUGUUCUAUUAUGCAAUUCCUCGAUCAAAUUCAUCAGACAACUCGGGUGUCUUGCAGUGCGUAUUUGAACUGUUUGUGGAGCUAGAGAAACGAGCCAUUAUUUGCUCCGAAAAUUUGUUGAAGCUCAAGGAAGGUUUGAAGUCCCUGAUGCGCAACGACCUUGUCAAAAGAAUCGACAACUAUACACAAAUUCAAGAGAAGUUGCAAGAACAACAAUCACACAGCCUUCAGACACCUAUCUUCAAGGAAUCAUUUGGACACAAUGAACAGACAUCUUGGCGAUAUCCCGGUCCUCACUCGCAAGAGAGCAUGGGUGUGGAAGCUCCGUCUGGCUAUGAGGGUGAGGAGUCAUCACGUAUGUCUCAGGAUGCUGUUCGUGGAGACCCACACGACCCGAUCAUCCACCAAGUUUCACCGCCAGCACAAAGAGACCACAUGCAUGACCCGACAACUCAUUCCACGGAUCUUCCUGCCUAUCCAGUCAAAAACAAUCCAAGGGGAAUCUGCCUUAUCAUAAACAAUGAAGCUUUUUCAGAAGAUUUCAAAACCAGCCCCAAACUAAAGAGACGGGAAGGAACACAUAUUGAUGCAGAAAAACUUGAACAGGUGUUUAAAUACUUGGGAUUUAAAAUACUGCUACAUAACAACCUGACUGUGGGUGAGAUGAAAGAAACCCUGAUUAGCUGCAGUAACAUGAAUCACCAAAAUCACGAUGUCUUUGUCUGCUGCAUCCUGACACACGGAGAGAUUAACUGUGUAUUUGGAUCAGAUGGAAAGUCCCUGAUGAUCACACAGGUGACAUCCUACUUCAAUGGCUCAGCCUGCAAAUCUUUGUUGGGUAAACCCAAACUGUUUUUUAUCCAAGCUUGCCAGGGCCACGAAAAACAGUCUGAAUGUCACCUUGCUGCAGACGCUGACAUCGAUGCAGAUGGGCCUGUGAGUCCCAUUUCCUAUUCCAUACCAGAUGAGGCUGACAUUUUGCUAGGGAUGGCCACUGUGUCUGGAUAUCUGUCGUUCCGGCACCGAAGGGAAGGCUCGUGGUACAUCCAGACCCUCUGCAACCUCCUGGAGCAAAAGUGUAAUGGGAAAAAUGACAUUCUGGCCAUUUUAACUGAUGUGAACAGAGUAGUAGCUGAAAAAACAGCUCGUAUGAAGAACCCACAAACACACAGAAGAGAAUCGACCAAGCAGAUGCCGCAGCCCAAAUUCAGCCUGCGCAUGAAACUGUUCCUAAGCCCGCCCAAUGACGAUCUUUCUGUCCAAGAUCACCACCCCCCGUCUGCAUCAGAUGCUGUGGACUGGAAAUCCUGACCAAGAAUAUGGCUUUCACAUUUCAAAUUCUCAAAUAGUCUACAUAGCUCACAUGCUCACAGUAAUUGAAUGUUAAAUACCCUAACAAUAAUUUAUUGGUGGACGAAAUCAUGGAUAUACUGUUGGGUCAAAGACAUGCAACUUUGCAUCUUUAGUGUUGACUUAGCCACUCUCACCGGAUGCGCAUUUCAGCAUGGCUUCUGCUGACGGAGAUCUUUAAAUGAACCUGAUUGGUUCGGUUCAUGGGACAUUUAGCUAACCACCACUUAACCACCUCAGAUUUUACAAGCGCAUCUUUCCUCGUGACAUUUUUUUAUCUUGAUUCAUUCAUUGAAAUGUGUGGGUUUUACAUGUGCAUGCACUCUAUUGUAUAUUUUUAAAAUAACGUUAAGGAUAUGGGUUUUCAUUUAUAUAGUGCUUAAAUACGACAAUCCCAGAGUGUGUUAUGUGAAAAUACAGUCCACCUAACCAUAAGGACAAUCAUGGCAAACAGCAGGGAAAAUGGACACAACAAGAUGAUGACUCGGAUUAAAGGGAAAACUAACACUUCACAAGAGCCACUGCAAACCCGAGCAUCGGUAACAGUUCAGCAACACUCGUAGACUAAUGUGCCUGGUGCAAUCUGCCGUGUAUGCACCCUGCUCAAUCGCCAACAUCCAGCCCCAUCCAACCGCAACAGUCGCCGCAGGGCUGAUUCUGCAGCUCCCAAAGGGACCAGAGAAGCCCCUCCUGGAACGGUCCCAGCCAGGGUCGCCACCACUCAAGGCAUCAAAUCCCUGGAAGAGUCCCGCGCACUACCCAACCACGUACAGUAGUUGUUGGAUUGUUUCGUGUACUUUUGCUGUAUUUACGUAUGUUACACUUCUUUUGCACCGUACCUAUCCAACCAUGCACAUCGGAGGUACGGGGGGAAGGUUUUGAAUCUGCAUAUCUCUAGUGGCCUCCAAAUAACGGAAACGCACUGCAGAUGGCCGCAGAAGCGCAUCUGAAAGCGCGCGAUGCAGUGGCCGUCUUUGUUCGAUGGCCAGCGAGGAUGAGCGGAGUUUGUGAUGGUUUAUACUUCUUGACGAAAUCGGCAAGGUAUUGUGGUUCAUUUGUGGCAAGCACUUUGUAACCAGGUUCCCAUUGAACAUGGGUUUAUAUUUUACCUGUGCCAAAAUAAACCGAAACCACUGGCUCGGGAAAGGGUUUUCCCGUGCUGCUUUGACGCAAUCUCAAUAGGCCUUGGUUGACCUCCCGGCCACUUGUAGUGCAACAUUGCCACAUGACUUUUGGACUACUACAUACGCACUGCUGUGUGUACUGUGAUAAACACUUAAAUUACGUAUAUUUUUACAGUGCGAGCUGUAUCUUGUGUUAGGAAAAUGAAGACAAGCUGCCUGAGUUAAUAGCACAAACUCAGAAUUGAAUAUGAAAUCAGUGGUACAUGUUGGUAGUGAGUGUAACUACCAAGUCAGCUGGCACAGGAACACAAAGUUAGCUAUCUUCGGUUAAAUAAGUAAUUAAACUCCAUGAUCUUAAAACGAGAAUAAUCUCCCCUUGGGCGUACAUCUGCUAUUUUAUGUCAUUGUGCAUCUCAGUGGCAUGAAUUGUGUCGGUGGAAAGGCUCCACGUAAAACCGCAAAUAGAAGCCACCCAUUUGUAAGCAAAGUAUUUUGGAGAGGCAGGAGCCUCCCGACAGCCAACUAGUAAGGGUUGUCACGUAAACAGAACGUGCCAAUUCGUCACUAGUACAGCACACCGGUGUGUUGGAGAGCCAAGCCACAACAUUUACAAUCUGAGUACGACGUUUCGCCAGUAAUUACAACUAGCGAAUUGUCUUAUCGUUGCCACUCCGUGCUAAUAGAUAUCGGCUACAUUCUGGAACGAGCUUGUGAUUUAAAUAUUUUUAUACAGCGAUUGACGAGAAUUAUAUGUCUAAUGUUUAAGCGGAAAUCAAUUGUUUUCAGAUCAAUCUCAAGCUUAUUUCUUUUGAAUGAGCAAGGAAGAACUGUACAGCGAUGUGUGUACUCGUGUCUCCAAAGAGAAUCACAACCAGCCUUAAUCGAUUUAGUUAUAAAGCGACCUUUUAAAGAUCGGUUUUAUACCCAAUGUGAUCAAAUACCCUUUGAAAUUACACAUGUUCAAAACGUAAUAAUUAUAAAAAGGUGUAUUUUGGAACCAAUGCAAUUAAACAAUGCAUGUCUAUGUU